GUGUGUGUGUGUGUGUGUGUGUGUGUGUGUGUGUGUGUGUGUGUGUGUGUGUGUGUGUGUGUGUGUGUGUGUGUGUGUGUGUGUGUGUGUGUGUGUGUGUGUGUGUGUGUGGGUGUGUGUUUUGAAGCAGGGUUGUAUAAGCAGAUGUGCCUCAGCGAAUACAGUCAGAGCAGCUGGGCAGGGCAGGGCUAAUGGGCCAAUGACAUCAUCUACAGAGAAGGAGAGACAGCAGCGCUUGAGCAAUGUAGCUUCGAGGGGAGAGAAAGAGAGCGGCCACGCUCAGAUGGAGAGCAGAGCAGCAUGACAGUGGGACAGUGCGUGAGCGAAGGAGGACCAGGCAGCGCUGAGCUGACUCCAUCAAGGAUUUAGGAAGAUUUUCCAUUUUGUUUCUUCUUCUCUUCCAUCACACACCCCCUCCCCUCCCCUUCCCCUUCUCCCCCUUCCCCUCCAUCCUCGGUCCAUCCUGUGUCUCUCCUGCUUUAAGCGGCUCCACCGGGCAUGCUCCUUAAGCCGAAGUAUGGCCGCUUUCGCAACGAGUCUGUGACCUCCUCUGACGACCUGAUGCAGAGCUUAACCAUGAGCGGCAAAGUUGUGGCCACACCGGUGGUCUCCUCCUCUACUCCAAGCCUUCCUCUGCCUCCUCUACCUCCACUGCCUCCUCUAGAUCCCAGCAGCAGGUCCUCCUCCUCUGCUGGAGCUGCAGCCUUGGCAGACUCCCCCUGCCUGGAUGGGGAACAGGAUGCCACCACAACUUUCUGCAUGCUCAUUCCAAGGAUGCCUCAAUGGAAGUUUUCCAACUCCCUGCUCAGCCGGAGCCCAUCCAGCUCCAGCAAGGACUCUAACAAGGCAGCAGUUGCUCCUUCGCAGGCCUUAGCCUCUUCCUCCUCAUCAUCACACAGAUCUGGAGGGGCAUCCCAUGCCAGCGGCCCCGUGGCCAGCCUUGCAGCCGUACUUAACUCCUGUGACCCUGUCUGUGUCACUCCCUGUUCCUUGCAGGCCAUUCGUGGGCAGCGGGCAGUAGCAGCUGCAAGCUCUAUAGGUCCAGGGGGACAUGGAUUUGGGGCCACAGAGGUCAUGGUGAGCCCUGGUGGUCCCAGUUGCUCCCGAUCAGGGAUGAACCGCAGGACACGGGUGGAAGGCAUGUGGCUGGGAGGAGAGGACCUCAACCAGAAGGGCAGCUUCAUCCACAAACCCUCUCAGGGCUGGCUGCACCCAGACAAGAAAAUCCUUGGACAAGGAGCUUCUUAUAUUGUCAGGUACAUGGGUUGCAUCGAGGUGCUGAAGUCAAUGCGCUCUCUGGACUUUAACACGCGGACUCAGGUGACGAGGGAAGCCAUCAACAGGCUGUGUGAAGCUGUGCCUGGAGGAAAGGGGGCCUGGAGGAAAAAGACUGCAAACAAAGCUCUGCAUUCAGUCAUGGGGAAGAGUAACCUGCGGUUUGCAGGCAUGAGCAUCGCUGUCAACAUUUCUAUAGACGGGCUCAGUCUGCUCAUCCCAACCACACGGCAGGUUAUAGCACACCAUCCCAUGCAGUCCAUCUCUUUUGCCUCUGGAGGAGACACCGACACGCCUGAUUAUGUUGCAUAUGUGGCCAAAGAUCCAAUAAAUCAGAGAGCAUGUCACAUCCUGGAGUGCUCAGAUGGUUUAGCCCAGAGUGUCAUCAGCACCAUCGGGCAGGCCUUCGAACUGCAGUUCAAACAGUAUCUACACAGCCCUCCUAAAACCAUGACGUCUACAGAGAGGUCGGUGAGGCUGGAGGAGCCAGUGUGGGGGGAAGACUUUUCUGAGCAUGAUUACUAUAAUAGCAUCCCAGGGAAGGAGCCUCCUGUUGGAGGCCUCGUGGACUCCAGACUCAGGCCCACUGGAGCCCCCCUGGGUCACAUCCACACACAACCACAGAGCAAAACAGCAUCUCAGCAGAUGGGAUCCCCAGCCAGGAGGGAGCAGGCCUCUUACCAGCCUGGACAGCUGUGUUAUGAGCUCCACUGGGACACCUGCGGCUCAGAUGGUUAUCUGUGUGCUGAUGGUCAGCCUUCAGGCAGCAAAGACUACGAGGAGCACCAGUACGUAAACACCCAGAGUCUGGAGAACCUUGAAUCUCUCACACAGGGUGCAGAGGGACACAAAGGGGCCAAGGCACAUGACAGUCCCAAAAAAGACCUUUUUGACAUGAGACCUUUUGAGGAUGCGCUGAAGCUUCACGAGGCCUGUGGUGGAGCUGUUGGGUCCAGUGUACCAGGAGGUGCUGGCUCUCAGGUGGGAGGUGUUCGAAACUUGGAGGACCAGUGGCCCAGUCCACCAAGACGCAGAGCUCCCGUUGCCCCAAACGAGGAGCAGCUCCGCAGGGAGCCUUGGUACCACAGCCGCAUGAGCCGACGAGAUGCAGAGAAGCUUCUGGUCCGGGAUGGAGAUUUCCUCGUCCGGGAGAGCACUACCAACCCUGGCCAGUAUGUGCUAACAGGCAUGCACUGUGGCCUGCCCAAACACCUGCUGUUAGUGGACCCUGAGGGAGUGGUCCGGACCAAAGACAUGUUGUUCGAGAGCAUAAGCCAUCUUAUAUCCUACCACCUGAAAAACGAGCUGCCGAUCGUGGCAGCAGAAAGUGAACUUCAUCUUAAACAGGUUGUCAGGAGAAAACAGUGAGACGCCUGGCUCUGCUUGGACGCUUUUUCCGGAAACAAGUUCUUCUGUUGAGGAGAUAUUCCACCUUAAAACCUGGAUGGAUGAUUAUUAAUGCCGAAGGAACUCUUGAUACGUUUGUUUAUUAACAAUGAGCACACCUCUCAGGAGAGCGAUGCAUCUGAUUUCUCCAUGGACUCGUUCUGUCACAAACUACUCAACAUGUAAACGUUAAGCUAACAAGCCUAACAGGAUCCACAGUUUGCCUCCUGCUGAAUGAAAAAAGGUCCAAACUUAAGCGGACUGCUUUUUGACGGGACUUCUUGAAAGGACUUUUUGAUGACUAGAGAAGAAAACACAGAAAUGUCCAUCAGAGGCUGAAACCAUGAAGUGCUUCCAGCAAUCAACAAUGUUGUUACUGUUCAAAAUAAAUGAAAUCUUCAGGAAAUAAAAGAACUGUUGACAAUUUUCUGGUACGGAUUAAAAAAAAGAAAAAAAUGGUCAUUUCAUUUCUACGCGGAUGCAAGAAACGACUGUAAGUCUGUGACUUUACAAAGACACUUUGUCUGUUUGGAAUGUAAACACUCACGUAAACACUCACCAUACGUUCACCGGUCUGCAGAAGCCACAAAGGAGAAACGAGGAGGACAAAGCAGCACAUUUUUCAGCCUUUAACCAAUAAUAAAGUAAAUCGAAGUAUAUUUUCAUCUAAAUCAUCCAGUGGACAUACGUUGUGUUGUCUUGCAGUAGCUGAUUAUUAUCAGUCUUUUGUGUGGUUUGUAAAGAACUGUUUGCUACUACUUACUGAUUAGAUGUUUGUCUCUUGUGUUUUAAAAGCAUCCAAACUCACCUUAUCAUGUGUUUUUGCAGCCCUUCAGUCUUCAGUGCCUUAAUGCUGACAGGCUUUUGUCUAAGAGUGUUGAUAAUGUGCAUUUAAGCUCCUUCUGCAAAAGAUUCAAACUUCCUUUCUUUGCCAAUGAGUAAAAAAACAAAUUUCAGGAUGAUUGAGCUCUUAUAUUUGUGAACAGUAAUCUAAGCUGCUCCUAUUUAGAGUUGAAUAUUGAUUAAUAGAUUUUUAGAUGUUUAACAUUGUUUUUAUGCAUUCUUUUUUUUAAAAACAGUCAAAUCAGCCAUUUUUCUGUUUUCCACUAGCAUAAUAAAAUAGGUUUAUGGAUUUGAAAGCAUUUGAUUUCCCCCGCUUAGGAAAUGUUUACUGCACGUGUUUGUACGGCUCUUUGGGUGGACUAACUCGGAUUUCAUUUUAAACAUUUUACGACUAAGGCCCAUCAUUGUUCUCAGUGUCAACGUUGCAAAUGCACAGAGAAAUCGGAUUAUCUGCAAUGUUUUGAUGAAGUCAAAAUGUGGUUUUUUUUAGAUUUUUCUUGUUUGCUCAGGAAUUGGUGGGUUUUUUUUUUCAUAGCAGGCAGAAUUGCUUUUUGACAUUAAAAUAAAAAAUAAUGAACAC